AACGCAGUUGCACAAACUUUGACAAUGUAUCGUAUUCCUAAUGGCAACCCUGCCCGAUAAAUGCGCAGAAAAAAGCAAUCGGCGCAUCACUAACAUUGUUGAUGCAUUUAUUCAAUAAAAUGGCGACCGAAGGAGAGAGCAAUAAAAAGUGGACGCACGAGCGCAAAAGCCUUUUACUCGCAAUAAGGUUGGAUAUGGAGCCAGAUUUCCAAUCAAAAAGAAAAACGCGUGUGGUCUUGUGGCAGGCGGUGUUGCAGAAAAUUAAGGACACCGACUUAGAAUUUUCCUUCUCGCGUGAUGACAUUUCACGGAAAUUCCUCAACCUCAUGGUGACCUACAAGCGCAUCAAAAAGAGGAACAACACCUCAGGCGAAGCUGCGACGGCGUGGGAAUAUUUCGACGAACUAGACAAAGUGUAUGGGUCUCGGAGCGAUAUAACUGUGCCGGAAAGUAACCUCGACUCUUCGAUGAGUUCAAUAUUUAAUUCAUUAACGAACGAAAAUGCAGAGUCAGCAGAUUCCUCGUUCAGUGAGAACAUUGGUGCCGCUCCGCCAAGAAAACGCUCUCGAAAUGUUUUAGACUUUUUGCAAAACGAAUCUACAUUUGAGAAGGAGUUAUUGGAUGACCUGCUAAAAUGCGAGAAAGAAAAAAUUGAAAUAGAAAAACAAAAACUCGAUGAAAUUAAAAAGCUCACGAAGCUCUUCUAUCACUUAAUAAGUAAAUACCCGUACAUAACAUUUUUACCUUAAACCGAUCUCAAUUUUUUAGAGUUCAUAUAUACAUAUUAUAACCAAAUAAAAUAACUGCGUUCAUUUAAUGAAUUAAAAUAAUUUAAUACAUAAACGUAAUUGAAUGAAAAUGAUUUAUUUAAUAAAAAAUUAUUUGUUUAAUAAAAAUUGUUUAUUUAAUAAAAAUAAUUUAUUUAGCUAAGCUGACAACAAAUUAGUCAGCCUUUCUCUUUUUGCUCUUGCUUCGCUUCGUUGGUUUCCAUCAGCUGGAAGCGUGUUGAUCUCGGUGUUAGGCACGUUUUCAAUAAUCACCCCGUCAGGAUUUCCUUCGUGUUCCAAUAUAUAGUUAUGAAGUACGAAACAAGACAUAAUAAUAUUCUUUGCCAAUUUAAUAUCGUGAACUUCUAAAAAAUUUAAUAUUCUGAACUUCUUUUUUAGCACACCAAAUGCUUGUUCCACACACACUCUGGUCGAACUUAAAAUGUUAUUGUAUGUUGUUUGGGCUUCAGAUAGGAACCCAUUGUCUUUGUAAGGUACCAUUAAAUACGUUUCUAAAGGAUACGCUGCAUCACCAAGCAAAUAACAUUCUGGAGGAAAUGAAAUGAGACCAUUUACAAUUGCUCGCAUAUUGCU